AUGAAUGCUGCCUACACGGAAAGAGAAAAUAAGAAUCAGCAUAUUUGUCUUGAGAAUGAGAAGAAUUCGAUGGUGAUUUCCUCCGCAACCAGACAACAAACUCAACAGAAUACACCAAAACUUGCUCCACAACCACCACAUUCUACAGUAAAAAUGACCACAGAAUCCCCUGUCGUCGAUAAUGAGAAUGCGAAAUCCGCCCUCCAAGAAAAUAUUGAAAGCAAGGGGAAGAACGCUUACUAUUUUGCACAUGCACACAAAGCAAAUGGUCCGAAGUGGGAUGGAAAGGCAGAACCUAAACUGCUCUCAAUGGAAAAACUCUCUGUUGAUGAGAAAACUCUUAAAAAGAGUCACACUUCUUUCGAUUAUCAUAAGAGCAAUAUCACUGCCUACGCCUUUGCUGAUGGAACGAAAUCGGUAAAGUUGUAUAUUGAACUGGAUGGCGUUGGUGAGAAAUGCACGGACGAGGAUGUCACCUUGGAUUCCACCGAGAGCUCCUUCACUUUGGUGGUGAAAAACUUAAAGGAGGAAGACCAAGUAUUGAGCUUUGGUAAGCUUACAGCUAACAUAAUGAGUGCUUCGUACAAGAAGCAAGAGAACAGGAUAGUCGUUACGCUAAAGAAAGAAAAGGAAGGAGAGUGGCACACGGUGAAUGAUAAGGGUGCACCAGAUACAGAUAAUGAAAUUGUUUGA